GCCACCUCAGAUUCUCCAUUUUACGUCUGAGAUUGAGGAAAGCGAAAGAGGGCGGCAAAAGGAAGGAGGGAGAAAGCAACCUCCGAUGGGACGCGGCGGCGACGGUGAUGUCUCCUCCCGUCGCCUGCUCAGUAGCAUGGACAUAUCGCCGGCGGAGGAUGCGAAGGGGGAGAAGGCGGAGGGGGUCCUUUUAUGGUGGCGGCGGUCCAGCCGGAGGAAGCUCCGUCUUGUUGGGUUCGAUGAGCUGCCAGAUUACCUCAAGGACAACGAGUUUAUCCUCAAUCACUAUCGCGCUGACUGGCCGCUUCUUGAUGCUCUUCUCAGCGUGUUUUCCUGGCAUAACGAGACCCUCAAUGUCUGGACGCAUUUGGGGGGUUUCUUCCUAUUCCUUGCGCUCACUGUGGCGGGAUGCGUCGACGGCCUUGAAAAGCUCCGCAGCAACUUCGCUCCCACCAUCUCCAGGAUGAUGCUUUUAUCGAUCAAUGUUCCGAUCCGUAAUAACUACUCGGCAAACACUAUCUCG